UACGUUUGCUUCCAUUAACCUUUCUCACCCAGAAUAUUGCGCGGGGAAAACUUAAAAACGACAACAGCAAUCUAAGACGUCUUAGAAUGAGUCUUUGGGUUGACAAACACCGUCCAACUUCUCUUCAUAAGCUUGAUUUUCACAAAGAACAAGCUGCUCAUUUAAAAAAAUUGGUACAAGGAGGAGAUUUUCCACAUUUAUUGGUAUAUGGACCAUCUGGUGCUGGGAAGAAGACCAGAAUUAUGUGUCUCUUGAGAGAGAUGUAUGGCUCUGGAGUGGAAAAACUAAGGAUAGAACAGCACACCUUCACUACACCCUCAAAUAAAAAGAUUGAAAUUUCUACUAUCUCUAGUAACUACCAUAUAGAGGUCAAUCCUAGUGAUGUAGGAAACCAAGAUAGAGUUGUUAUACAGGAACUGAUAAAGACUGUUGCUCAAGUUAAUCAACUAGAAACAUCAACACAAAAAGAUUUCAAAGUGGUCAUAUUGACAGAAGUUGACAGGUUGACUAAAGAUGCCCAGCAUGCAUUGCGUCGAACCAUGGAAAAGUACAUGGCUACCUGUCGUUUGAUCUUGUGUUGUAAUUCUACCAGUAAAGUUAUCCCAGCUAUCCGUAGCAGAUGUCUGGGAGUAAGAGUGCCAGCUCCAUCAAUAGAGGAGGUCUGCCAAGUUCUUCAAAAUAUUUGCAAAAAAGAGUCAUUAAAUUUGCCUUCAGAGCUGGCUAGAAGAAUAGCAGAGAAGAGUAACAGAAAUCUACGACGUGCAAUACUGAUGUGUGAAGCCUGCAGAGUACAACAACAAAAUUUCACUGCAGAUCAGGAAGUGACAGAACCAGACUGGGAAUUGUAUCUUAAAGAAACAGCUCAGUUGAUAGCUCAACAACAGAGUCCUAAGAGGUUAUUAGAAGUAAGAGGAAGACUUUAUGAACUGUUAACACAUUGUAUACCACCUGAUGUUAUCAUAAAGGGAUUACUACAAGAGUUGAUAUCUAACUGUGAUGGUCAGUUGAAGACAGAAGUUGUCCAGACUGCAGCUUAUUAUGAACACAGAUUACAAAUGGGACAGAAAGCUAUUUAUCACCUUGAAGCUUUUGUUGCUAAAUUUAUGGCAAUUUAUAAGAGAUUCUUAGAGGAAGGCAUUGCAGAUUUAUUCUAACUGAUCAGGAACAAAAUAAACUAUUGACUGUUAUAUAUAAUAUUUAAUAAAAAAAAAAUCUAUUAGUUUA